UAACGUGGGUCCACAUAAGACAUUCGCUCCUUUAAGAACAUCUCAGUAUCUAAAAGUAAAGAUAACGUCCAGCAUGAUGGAGCGGUCGAUGCACAUGCACAAAGAGAGGAACGAAUUAACCCUUGCGGUCGUGAACGGAACUCCCUCACAAUCUGUCGCGUCUCUACAUCUCUUUUGUUACACAUUACGGGUUGAUGACUGGAAAUAAGCGGGGGUUAAGAUGCUCUCCGCAUGUUUGUGUUAAAAAGUGGACCGCCUCCUCCCUCAUUUCUGUCCCCUCCCUCAAAAAAAAAACCCCUUUCCAGUAGCCUUUUGUGUUCACGGUGUCCUACACAGUCCCUGCAUUCCUGUUUCGUUUACUAUCCGCUCAUUCGAGAGCUCUGUAUUCGAGAUCUCCAUGAGAAAGUGGCCCGAUUGCGAGGAAAUCACGCGCAUCUACUUCUGGGACUUUGCUACGUUGAGGAAAUAUAAGUGAAGUGUCCAGCUCCAUUCAUACUUUUAUCCGUUCACUUACCUUCAGCGGACAGGGGGGGAAGUGAAUACAAAGAUAUUUUGUUCAAGCGUGAAAUGGAUUAAGGCGCAUUGAGGAAAGCUGGAGCACCACAGACGAACCAAGCGACGGCGAAGGGGUCGGAGGGAGUCGAUGAAUUUCCAACAUCAACGAGAAAGAGAUUUCACUCGGCCAAACGCCAAAAUGAUGUCUCCAAAAGACAAGCCCAAGAAGAAGCCUCCCAAAGACAGCAUGACCCUGCUGCCAUGUUUCUACUUUGUAGAGCUGCCAAUAGUGGCAUCCUCAAUGAUCUCUCUUUACUUCUUGGAGCUGACAGACGUGUUACAGCCAGCCAAAGUUGGGUUCCGUUGCCAUGACCGCACACUGAGCAUGCCCUAUGUGGAAACGGGAGACGAGCUCAUCCCUCUGCUCAUGCUGCUCAGCCUGGCCUUUGCUGGCCCUGCAGCGUCUAUCAUGCUGGGUGAAGCCUUGAUGUACUGCAUGCAGUCCAAACUGAAGAUCCGCUCUGGUACAGAAGGCAGUAUAAAUGCAGGAGGCUGCAACUUCAACUCCUUCUUACGCAGAACAGUGCGCUUUGUGGGUGUUCAUAUGUUUGGGCUGUGCGCCACUGCAUUGGUGACUGACGUUAUCCAGCUGGCCACUGGCUAUCAUGCUCCCUUCUUCCUAACUGUGUGUAAACCCAACUACACACUACCGGGUGUGGCCUGUGAUAAAAACCCCUACAUAACCCAGGACAUCUGCUCAGGCCGGGACCAGUAUGCCAUCCUGUCAGCAAGGAAAACUUUCCCCUCCCAGCACGCCACUCUGUCUGGCUUCGCAGCCGUCUACAUCUCGAUGUACUUCAAUGCCACCAUAUCAGACAGUACCAAGCUGCUGAAGCCUGUGCUGGUGUUUGCGUUUGCCAUAGCAGCAGCCCUGGCAAGUUUGACCCAAAUCACCCAGUAUCGGAGCCACCCGACUGAUGUCUACGUGGGCUUCGUGAUAGGGGCUGGCAUUGCUGUUUAUCUAGCACUAUAUGCAGUGGGGAACUUUAGGUCCAAUGAAGAGUUCUACCACAGACCACUGAAGCAGCCCCCUCCUCCACAAAAAGAUCCUCUAAGAGAACUCACACAGCGUGGCCAUGACUCUGUGUACCAAAAGGCCCAUGCUUCUGAGAGCAAUGAUGAGCUAUCAGCCCCGCCACAUGUUGCUGGCCUGAACCGUAAAGUGCGUCGAGAGAAGGCCUCAAUGGGCAGCCUAAAGAGGGCUAGUGCAGAUGUUGAGCUCCUGGCUCCUCGCAGCCCUAUGGGGAAGGAGACCAUGGUGACCUUCAGUAACACACUGCCCCGUGCUAACACCAACACUAUGGAGGAGCCUACUCAGCGUCACAUGACCUUCCACGUGCCGAUGGACUCUCAGCGUUCUAAACAGUUGGUGUCCGAAUGGAAGCAGAAAUCAAUGGAGAUGCGCAGUCUCAAUUUGAGGGAUGAGGAAGAGGAGGAAGGAGCAACUGCAGAAGGAGUUGAUGGAGUUGAAGGAGAAGCUUCAGAGGAUCUGGGCAUGCCGUCCUCCCUUUAUCCUACCGUGCAAGCCAAUAGGGGAGCAACGGCGACAGCAGGAGGUGCCAGGGCGAUGAUGCCUCAGAGGUCCGGCGCCCCACAGUUGGUUCAUAUCCCAGAGGAAGCCACCAGACCACCACCGGUGUCACCUAAAAGCUCCACCACACGGGCAAAAUGGCUAUCCAUGACAGAGAAAGGAGGUCCGGUACCAGCUGCCACGCCAGAACCUCCACGAUUACCCAACCAGCCACGGGUUAUGCAGGUCAUUGCCAUGUCUAAGCAACAUGGUCCAUGUAGCAUCACCACACCAAAGUCCUCCGAGACUGCCUCAUCCUGUGCCACCUCCAGCACUGGCUCAGAGUCACCAUACUACCGCAUUCCAUCGGAGCAAGACAGAAGCAGCAUUGUCACGGUAGACGCUCACGCUCCUCAUCACCCAGUGGUCCGUCUUUCUUCAGGCAACGGGAACACAUGGGAUUGGAGGAGCACCUCCAAUGGCAAAACUGAGGUUCAUGCGACCAGCCGGACACUCCCCAGGCAGGAAUGCGUCCGUGAUUAUUGUCCCAUGAAAACGGAAUCCCUCUGUUCCUCUUCCAGUGAUCCUGAUCCAGGGAUCCUGCCUCCGCCACCUCAUCCUGACCUGCUCCUCGACAGCAGUCUAAGUCAAGAUUCCUCGCUUCACCGUAAGUCCUCGAUCUCUGCUAAAGACUGGGAGCCUGGGCAGCCUCACCCAGAGCCAGACCACUUCUUUAAGAACUUGCAAACAAACAGACCAUUUAAAGACUAAAAAUGUUACUGUAGGCCAAAUCAGGGACACUGCAAACUUCUUUUGAGAAGAACCCAAUGUGAAUAAUUGUGUUUUCAGUGGAUGGCGAGAGAAGACAGUCUUUUUGGCUCACAUCUCACAUGGAGCAUCUGGGGUGGAUUAGUGCAGUGGAGCACCAGAAGGAUCACACAGACUUGAGGAGACUGUUGAGUGUACAUGCACAAUCUGUGAGGAAAGAUGACCCACAAACCUCAAAAAAUGAAAUACAAAAUCAAGUUGUAAUUAAUAUAUUAAGGCUUUCUGUUCUUUUCAGAAAGUGUUGCCCUUUUCAAGAAGCUAAGUUCUUGUGAGUAAAGACAAAACAACCAAGCAUAUAUACAUUUGAGGUUUCAUUCAUACACAAAGACUUGCGUUGUAUUGUACAAGAAGAAGUCAUGUUUUAGUUCAUUAAUGAUUCAGACUCAUUGGGGACAGUUUUAUCCUGGGAAUAUGGACAGGUAAGCUGACUUUGCUGUGUAGGGAAUCAGUUUUAAGUAGGCCUAGUUGUGUUCUCCUUUUUAUACUAAAAUAUGAAGUACUCUUGCUUGUUUGUACGUGUUGCAUGUGUGUUUAUUUAUGUGUCUUCUUGACUUUUGAUGGACUGUUAUAUAUCAGCAGGGAUGGUCGCUUUCAUUUUGCUGCCCAAUGUUAAGGUUUUUGUAACAAACUUUGAAAAAUAAAAUUGUAAUAAUACUA